AUGUCAAGUGAAGAUUUGAAUAGUAUUAAAAGACGUAGGGUCGCAAGAGCUUGCGACACUUGUCGAAGAAAAAAAGUUCGUUGCGAUGGUGUACAACCUGGUUCAGAUCCACCAUCUUGUACAAAUUGCAAAGCUUAUGGAUAUGAAUGUGCCUUUAUUGAUGCACCAAAGAAACGCGGACCUCCAAAGGGAUACAUCGAGGCGUUAGAAACUAGACUUCAAAGAAUGGAAUCGAUCCUUGGAGGUUUAGUUCAAUCCGGUGAUUUACCCGAGGGCACAAUCUCAACGAACCUUGAAUGGAUUAACGUUAAUGAGAGCAACUUCAAGUCAGAUCAGGAUUCAAAUAGUUCCCAUAGCUCCAGAUUAAGAAAGUCAUCCUAUGAUUCCGUAACCAUUGGAAGUAAUUUAAGAAAUGGUAGAACCAAUUCAUCGAAUGCUUCGAAAAGUGUGGUGACAUCAUCAUCUAAUCACAAAUCAUAUAAAAAUGUCGGACAAGGUAGUGACUCGGAAGAGUGUUUUUCAAGUGAUGGUAAUGAAUAUAGCGGAUCUCGAUAUGAUUUAAAUGAUAGUAUGGGACAACUCACAAUAGAUGAAAGUGGACACACGAGGUAUCUUGGAAAUAGUUCAGGAAUUAUCUUAUUUAAAAUUACAAAAAAAGUUGCCAACGGGCAAAUCAUCACAAUACCAAAAACCGAGUUUUACGCGCCCAUAAAGCGUAUCGGAACAAACAUGGUGUUCGAAUUACCUCCAAAAGAAAUAUGUGAUAAAUUAUUAGAUGCUUUUUGGAAUGAGGUCCAUCCUGUCAUGCCAUUCUUUGAUAAACAAGAUUUAAUGGAAAAAUAUAAUAAUUUGGAAUCUAAUCAUACUUCGGUUAUCUUAUUAUACUCAAUUUUCUCUAUUUCCGCCAAAUAUGUUGACGAUCCAACCGAAGGACCUAAUCCUGUUGAUGCUUCUAGUGCGGGUAUACAGUAUUAUAAUAAGGCAAAAGAGUUAUUAAAGGAUGAAUUUGGUAAUUCUACUAUUUCGGUAGUUCAAUCAUUAUUAUUGUUGGCAUCACAUCAUCAAAGUCAUAGAAAUUCCGUCACUUGGGUGUACGUUGGACUUGCUAUUAGACUUGCUCAAGAUUUGGGUUUACAUCGUGAUUCCUCCCAAUGGAAUUUUGAUGAGAGACAAGGUGAAAUCAGAAGAAGAGUUUGGUGGGCUUGUGUUGUAGCAGAUCGAUUCACUGCUGCGGGUUUGGGUAGGCCGCUCGCUAUAAAUGAUGCAGAUUGUGACGUAGAUUUUCCCGUUGCGGGAAAAGUUCCUGAAGAUGAUGAUGAAACUAUUGAAGGAUGGGUUGAAAUACUUAAAUGUAAUUUGAUUCUUGGACGUAUACUUAAUCAUAUUUAUGGUAUAAAAUCCAAAUCUUCACAGGAGAAUGCGGAACAUAUGUUGGCUUCCUUGGAUCAUGAAUUGAGUGAAUGGCGUGAAAAUCUUCCAAAGAAAUUCCAUUAUGAUUCAACGCCAAUUCAUUAUGAUAAUAUAAGUUCGAAUAGGAAAGUGUUUAUGAAUUUAUUAUAUUAUACUCAACAAAUUCUAUUACAUCGUCCUCACAUUUGUGGACCGAAAUCAAAAGCUCCAUCCUCUUCAAUUCCUUCUUUAACCAUUUGUACUAUGGCCGCAAAUAAUAUUACUCACAUUUUGCAUCGUGCAAUGAAAGAUCGUGCCUUGAAAUUUUCUUGGCCUUAUAUGAUUUAUUCUUUCAUUAUCGCGACAUCAAUGCAUAUCAUUAAUGCCUUAAGUGGGGAUGAUCGGUUUAGGGAAGUUGCAAAACAUGGUCUGAGAAUGACAUUAAAAUGUUUGGAGUAUAUGGCAGAAUUUUGGUUCGCUACUGAUAAAUUAAUAAAUAUAAUUCACGAUUUAUUAAAAGCGCGAAAUAUUGAAUUGGAAGGUGUUACGGAUGAAUCGCAAGGUGACAAGUCACAAUUACAAAAAACAAAGAUUUCGUCAGAUAAGAAAUCAUCAAAUAAUUUUUCAAGAUAUAUCAAGUUGGAAGAUAUGGCAACCGAAGGAACUCCUCGAGACAAAAAUCCUUUCCUUAAUUUAUAUGCAGCAUAUAUGAAUCAUCAAAAUACGCCGUCGGAGAAUAGUUCACAAUCAUCAACAAUGAAAUCACCGGCAAGUGAUGCAAUACAAUAUGAACGAACAUCAUCGCCCGAAUCUACAACUUCAACGUCAUCAGGAUAUAUGUCCUUUGAUUAUUUAACAGCCGAUGGGGGAUUAUUUCCACCAAAUGCUGAUGUUUUUAAUCCAGAUAAUCCAGACGUAUCCUUAAUAUUUGAUAACAUUGAUGAUCCAAUGGGUAAUAAUAAUCCAUUCAUAUCAUUCCCGUCAGCGGUUGAUUGGACUGGUUGGACAGAUUGGACAGAAUUAAUGUUAAGAAUGGGUUUACGAACUUCUAAUUCUAAUGUUGACAAUUUGACAUCAACAGCUGAUUCUCCAAACGUUGUUAGUAAUCCACAUAUGCAACAUUCCGUCACAACUUUGAUGGGUGCAACUACCAUUCCAUCUAUGUCUGGGACAAAUAACAUGACACUUUAA